GCGCGGCCCGCUCGGGAGCAAUGAUUAACCGUGCGGGGCUUCGGGCGCGCAGCCCCGGGCGGAGGCGUGGGUCCGGGGCGGGACCCCGCGGGGCCGCUCGGCUUCCUGCUCUCGCCCAAGUUUCCUCGUAGAGGGCGCAGCGCCCGGGGCGGCGUGCGGCGUGGCGCGCGUGGGCGCCCCGGGGUCACCAUGAGGACUCUCCGCAGGUUGAAGUUCAUGAGUUCGCCCAGCCUCAGUGAGCUGGGCAAGAGAGAGCCGGCCGCCGCCGCGGACGAGCGGGGCACGCAGCAGCGCCGGGCCUGCGCCAACGCCACCUGGAACAGCAUCCACAACGGGGUGAUCGCCGUCUUCCAGCGCAAGGGGCUGCCAGACCAUGAGCUCUUCAGCCUCAACGAGGGUGUCCGGCAGCUGCUGAAGACAGAGCUGGGACCCUUCUUCACGGAGUACCUGCAGAACCAGCUGCUGACCAAGGGCAUGGUAAUUCUCCGAGACAAGAUCCGCUUCUACGAGGGACAGAAGCUGCUGGACUCGCUUGCGGAGACCUGGGACUUCUUCUUCAGCGACGUGCUGCCCACUCUGCAGGCCAUCUUCUACCCCGUGCAGGGCAAGGAGCCGUCCGUGCGCCAGCUGGCCCUGCUGCACUUCCGCGACACCAUAGCCCUCAGCGUGAAGCUGGAGGACGCGUUGGCCCGCGCCCAUGCCCGCGUGCCACCUGCCGUGGUGCAAAUGCUGCUGGUACUUCAGAGUGUCCAUGAGUCCAGGGGCGUGACCGAGGGCUAUCUGCGGCUGGAGACGCUCAUCCCGAAGGUGGUGUCACCCUUCCUGGGCACCUACGGACUCUAUUCCAAUGAGGGACCCUGCACCCAUGCCUGCAUCCUGGACAAGCGGCUGCUACGUCGCUCUCGUUCUGGCGACAUCCUGGCCAAGAACCCGGUGGUGCGCUCCAAGAGCUACAACAUGCCGCUGCUGAACCCCGUGGCCGAGCACGAGGCGGAGGGCACGGCAGCGGGCAGCACCAGCCUCCGCCGGCACUCGGUGUCCGCCAUGACCUCCUGCCCCGAGCCCCAGGGCCGCCCCGCCUCACCUGCCCAGGGCGCAGCCGCCGCCGGGACCUUCCUGUCCUCCCCCGCACCCCUCUCGGGGCCUUGCCACAGCAGACUGCGCCCCGCUUCCCGGUCCCCAGAGCCCGGUCCAGCCCACGGCUCGCUGCCCACCUCCAGCCCCGAGACCCUGGUGGACCAGAUGCUGGGAUCUACGGACUCUGAUUCUGAAGGCAUCUUCAUCGACUUUGGCCGGGGUGGGGGCUCUGGCGAGUCCAACUUAGAGGGGUCUGGGGGCCGACAGAGUGUCGUUUGAGGCUGGCCAGUCUUGUAUGUGUGUAAUGUGUGUGUGCCUUUGUGUGGUGGGUGUGCAAGACUUUUUUUUUUUUUUUACUCUGUUCUGUCCUUCCUAGCCCAGGGUGACUGCCUGGUCACCAGGCAUUCCCAAGUCCACAUUGGAAGCACGCUGUGCCUUCCCCGCUCUGCCCAGGGGGUGGCCGGUCAGCUCCUUGGACACUUGUGUCCCCGGGGUGCCUGACCCAGAGGGAGGCUGCACCCAAUGAGGUCUUCCUCCAGCUCCUACAGGGGCAGCCGGCAGCCGUGGUCCUGGCCUGCACUUGCGGCUUGCCCCAGAGGCUCUGUCCUCUCUUAAUGGGAGGCCACAAGGAUUGCUGGGGAUCAGACCAUGGGAACGGGGUGGGCAUGUAAAGGAUCCAGCCCCAAUUCUGCCCCUGACGUGAGUAGGGACAGACCCCUGGGGUUGUCUGAGUCCUGUGCUGGGCGGGAUUGACCAGCUGGCCAACUUCUGUGCUGCUCUUGAAUGUGUGGUCAGUGUAACCCCUGCAGGCAGCAGCUGGGUGGGACACAUCUGGGCCAGGCAGCCCAUCUUGGGGUGGGGGAGGCCCCGUCUCCUAGCUUGCUUGGCCCCAGGCAGCACAGAGCACCUGAGGUUUGUGGGAUGUGUGUGAUUGGCUGGUUGAUGGGAGAGCUAUCAGCACCCCAGGACUUGGGUUCGGAGAAGGUCUGUGCUUGCUCCAGUAUCGGAGGCACUCCUAAACGUUCCCCCAGCUUCUCACACACAGAGCCCCUGGCCCUGCCCUCCCAGUCCGAGGGGUGCUGCUGUGUCACCGGGGGCAGGGGUGGUCCAGAGUGAAGCAGUUGCCCAGUGUCAUGGGCACAGCCUGCAGGAGCACCUGGAAGCCAGGGCCUGCCCUGCCCCUGUGCUGGUGGAGGGGGUGGGAAGAGACACUGUCCGGCCUCAGGAAGACCUGGGGGCUGAGGAUUUGUUCAAAAAGUCAUUUUGGGGGAAGCGCUGGACUCGGCAGAUUAAGCUCCCCUAGGGACACCUGUGUCGGGGAGCCCAACUGCUCCGCUCCUUGUCCAGCCUGGGAUGCAGUAGGCAAUGGCCACGCAGGACACCGAGCUGGACAUCUGGGGAAUGAACCUGCAGGCAGUAACUGUUGGGCUACUACUCAAACAAACCUGUGUGGACCAGCGGCUCCCAUGCCAGGUGUGUGUGCACAGGGCAGCACACUGCCAGCGAGGCCCAUCCAGGGCACUCGGGCUUGGGCUUGUGUGAUUGGGCCGUGCCAGCUGGGGAUGCAGGGAGCCUGCUGGUCUCCCCUAGGCUCAUGGACCUACCUGUCUACUGGGCAAAGUCGAGGGUCCUGGAUUCCAUCUGUGGGGAGACCUGGCUGUGUCCAUGCUGAGCCUCGCAGGGCCCCAGGAUGCAGAGGGCAUCCUCGCAGCAGGUGCAGCCGCACAGGGACCAGCAGAGAUCCUCCCAUAGGCUCCUUUCUGUGGAGCGAG